AUGUCUUCGGAAUCAACAAUACAUAAUUGUGAAGAUUUAGUUAUCAAAUCAAAAUUUGAAGAAACGUCACCACUUUUAUCAAUAAAAAAACAUCUUGGUUACCAACGAUGGGUUAUAAUUGGAUUAAGAUCUGUGCUGGUUCUGGCUUCCGUUUUAAGUGUUUUAGGUACUGGUUUUCAUUUAGCCGGUUUUUGUCAAAACGGUUUUAAAUUAUUCAUUACUGGUCAAAUUUUUGCUGCACUUGGAAACAGCGCUAUUUUGCAAAUGCCCAGUCAGCUCUCGUCGCAAUGGUUUCCAAAUAACGAACGAGGGAAGUCUACAGCUAUUGGUUGUUUUACGAAUAUGGUUGGGGGAACAUUAGGUUUUCUGCAAAAUACAUUUAUGAUUACAGAAUACAAUAACUUUGACAAGCUCAAAAAUCAGUUUCGAAUGUUUUAUUUAACACGGUUUGUGUUUGUCAUUAUUACGUUUUUAUUAACGUUAAUAUUUUUUAAGAAUCCUCCAUUGCACGACUCUCAAUAUUAUGCAUCGCCAUCACAAAACUUUAUUAAAAAAGGAAAAUCCAAAAAAUAUCUCAUAAUGCUUUUGACAGACAAACACUUUCUAGUUAUGUCACAAUCAUAUUCAAUUUAUUUUGGGCUAAUCGCAGCAAUACCUUUGAUUUUGGACUUAUUCAUGAGCAAAUAUAAAAAUAAACUUGCAGAAAAUGUUGGGUGGAUGGGAGUAUUUAAUCUUAUUUGUGGAACUAUCGGUUGUAUUGUUUUUGGUAUAUUAUUGGAUAAAAUAAAAAAAUUUCGAGCAUUAGCAAUUGUUAUUAAUUUUAGUGCUACGAUGACGUGGUUAGCAUUUAUUUUGACAUUGAAAAAUAUAGAUAAUUUCUUUGGACCAUUUGUAAUGUUUUUGAUCUAUGGAUUUUUUGCUUAUCCUUACUUAACCAUUGGACUUGAGCAGUCCGCAGAAAUGACAUUUCCAGUUCCAGAGGAGUUUUCAAGUACAUUUAUUCUAAUUAUUGCUAAUCUUUACUCUUUAAUAUUUAGUCUUGUUUUCGGGGUUUUUUUUCAACUUGGUUUGGUUGCAACUGUUCCUUAUACUAUAACAGGUUUUUAUCUUUUAAGCACAUUUCUAACUUGUGUUGUGAAAACUUAUUUGAAAAGAAAUUCUGCUGAGAUUUCUCUUGCAUUUAACUCUAGAUGUAACUAA